UGGUUGUCUCAAUGUAUUUCGCACGAAUGUGAAACAAAGACUGAGUCUUCAUACUGCCCGGAAUAUCUGAUCAAUACAUCUACCUUGAAGCUUGCUCCCCAGGUUGGUAUAUGUCAGUACGCAGCCCUCAGCUACGUCUGGGGAGGUCCAGAAAUUCCACAACUCACACUCAAAGAUAUGAAGACCAUCGCACCAGACCAAGACUCUUGGUCUAUCGGACAGCACUGGGAAAGUGUGCCUCAAACGAUCAAAGAUGCCAUCCUUCUCUGCCAACUGUUGUCGAUAGACUAUUUGUGGGUUGAUUCGUUGUGCAUCCUACAUGAACGGCCCGACCAAAAAGCGUUUGGCGAUACCCACCUGGCUCGACAAAUGUGCGACGUUUACGAGUCGGCACACCUCACCAUUGUCGGUGCGGCUGCUAAAGACUCUUGGGCCGGGCUUCCGGGCCUUCGAGCAGGAACCAGAAACACGAAGCAGCACACGCUCCAGCUUGGCGAUGUUUUGCUCGCCGUCGUACAGAGAUCACCACGCGAAGCCUUGGAAUCUUCGAUCUGGAACACGCGAGCUUGGACUUUCCAGGAGUCGAUCCUCUCCAAUCGGUUAAUUAUAUUCACCGACGAGCACUGUUUCUGGAGCUGC